UGUUUAUUAGUUGUACGCACUUUCUUCCUACAUGCCCGUUGGCCCUAACGUGGGUAACCGGGGUGCUGGUGCAUACAAAUAACAUGACUCCCAUGGAGAACUGACUCGGCACUGUUGACUGGAUCCGCCUGACUGACAUCAUGAUGGCCAAGUAAAGAGAGAUGACAGAGGGGUUAAAUGUGUCAUCUUCACAUUCCCCUCCCCGUGGGCAGGGCAGUGAGACGGUGCAGGAGGAGGCCAGCUUUGCAAGCCUGGUGCGAAAGGCCCAGAAACAUUGGAGCCACCGUGGCAUCAUCGAGAUAGACAAGCAGCACCGACUCUACAAGAUCUCCCGAUGCAUCCAAAUGGGCAUACGGGGUUGCAUCUCCCCACAUCCCUCCGUUGAGGUAGAAAAUAUAACUCACCAGGAGGAGGACUAUCUCGAAGUCAUAACACAAAUUCACUUUGAGCAAGAUGUCAACAAGCAAUUUGAAUUCCGGUGCUAUGCCCCCAAGGUAUUUGCCUCCCUCCGUGCCUUGGUGGGAGUAACGGAAGCUGAGUAUCUUGAGUCCCUGGCCCCCUCUGGCCCACCCCUCCCCUGUCUGGAGUUCAUCACUUCUUCAAAGAGUGGGAUGACAUUCUUCUUGUGCCACAACAAGGCCUUCAUCAUGAAGACAGAGAAGUCCCAAGAUAUCGCUUUCUUGAGGAGUCAAUUUCUGCACCGUCUCAGUCGUCAUUUUCAUGAUUUCCCUCAUUCAUUGCUGGUCAAGAUUGUCGGCUGUUACUUCAUUAAGAUGAGUGGCAGUAAAGGGCUGUUCUUCACAGUAAUGCAAAGUGUUUUCCACCCAGAUGAGAGGAUAAGUGAGAGGUUUGACUUGAAGGGUUGCUCUGCCAGUCGCUAUGUCCAACCUCUAGAAGAAGGUAGUAAAGAAGUCAUCGUUCUGAAGGACAAUAACUUUGAUGGCAGAAAGAUUAACCUAGGAGUGCAAGCACCCUGGUUCCGCAGGCAAGUCGACAUAGACACAAAGUUCCUAGAGGAGCAAGGAAUCAUGGACUACAGCCUGUUGCUAGGCAUUCAGAAGCUACAUGCUGACGAGAAGAAGACAGCGGACAAGCUUGCCGAUGUAGUGUCCCGAGCUAGAAGAUCAAUAAGAGCUGUGUCUGAUAGUCCAAGCAGAGUGUGCCCAAACUGUGGUGGCAGAUUUCCCACUUGGAACAGAAGAUCUAAUAUCAAGACCCAACGGCCUGCUGCUCCACCAGCCGAAAUAUCUUCACCCCAUGAAACUUACCAGAAUGGUGACAACACGGAACGUAUGGUUCGGGAAAUCCUCGAAAUCAACCUGAGCAGUGACAGCCAGCAAUACACGAGUCACAGCGGCAAAUGUGCGGCAGAUGGAGAAGACUGGAGGGAGAAUUUUUACUCAAGGUCACAACUCAGUGACAACAUUUACGAGCAAGCUCAUCAAGACAAGGAAGAGGUUGAAACAGGGGCAGACAAGACUCAAAGAAACGCCCUUCCUGGUAUGAUAGAGGAUGACGGGAGCCAACCAAAGCCAAUUAGCAGUGCAAAGGAAGAGGGCACCGACAAGUCCAAGCCAACUGGAAAAACCAAUCAGACCCACUCUGGAAACAUGAGGGCAGCCAUGUUGAGCCCACAACAGCAGAACCUUAGCACCACCUACUGCCAGUGUACCGGCCGAUUCCAAAUUGACAAGUGCACUGAGCGAAACCAGCGACUACUCCCAGACACUAUCAACCCUUUGCAUAUCAUUGAUGGUGUAGACGAUCGAUACUAUGUUGGAAUCAUUGAUGUCCUGACACAGUACGGCAUACGGAAGAAGAUGGAGUACCUGUACAAGUGUUUGCGGUACCCAACUGAAACUUUUUCGACCGUGAAACCUGAACACUAUGCCCAGCGUUUCAGAGAAUUAUGCUGUGCAAAAACUGAAUAGAAAACUAUUCCUGGAAAUAGCUUCAUCACACAGAAAUUACGUGUGAUAAUCUGCUUUUUACACAUUCAUAAGUCUAUGGGCUACUUGUAGGAAUCACGUAAGAGGGCUUUUUGGCAUAUAAAAUCAGUAACUUUAAAUGAACAGGCAUGCUAAAGCUGCACAUGAGACUGGACUUUAUCCAUUGACUAUCAUGAGGGACAAUGCAGCGCAUAGACCUCUCUCAUAGGGAAGCCAUCUUUCUAUUCUACCAUUCAAAAGCAAUGUAACCAAACUGAGGCUGGAAGGAAAAUUAGUUUGUUCCAUUAUAUUAGUAUGUGAACUUAUAUUGUUAUUACCAAAGAGGCUGUAGGUGACAAGACAAACAUGGCAGCAUCAUGAUAAAGGUCUAGAGAAGGUAACAACUGUCAUCAGAGCAUCAGGCUAUAUGUGAUACCGGCUCUAGAAAAAUGGGUAAUAAGUAGAGAGAUACAGGUUAUGAGUUUUUGAUAUGGCUGGAUUCUGUACAUCAAAAGCUACAGUUGAUAUAUGAAUGACCCUGUAGUGCGCUGCAUUCCGGAGAUAUAUACAGUAGACAUUUGUGUAUCCACAUUUUCAGAUUCAAUAAAAAAACAUUUUGAGAAAAAGCUCAUGAACUGUAGUGCUUGGAAACACAAUG